AUGUCUCACUACUCCUACACCACCCCCCGCGCCUACGGCCAGAGCACCACCCUCUCCCCGUCCAACAACUUCCGCCAGCGCCCCUUCGCCGCCUCCGUCCCCCCGAACAGCAGCAACAACAACAUCAUCAACGGUAACAACGGCCGCCGCGCGUACUCCCGCUCCACCUCUUCCCUCCCUUCCUCCACCUCUACCUCCACCCCUACCCCUACCACCACCACUACUAUUGAAAAAACCACCACCUACAUGACCGCCGCCGAAACCAUCGCCGCCGCCGUCGCCGCCGCCGCCGCAGCCCGCACCCCCGGCAUCUACUUCGGCCUGCAGAACCACCCGCAGGAAGUCGCCCGGCGCGCCGCGGACGAGGCCUUCUGGGCCUGGCACCAGAAGCUCUGCCGAACCCCGGGCCGGCCGCUGCCCGUGCCGCGCCCGCCCGUCGUCUCGCCGCGCGUCGCGCGCGCGCGCCGCCUCGUCCGCGCCGCCGCGCAGCGCUGGGAGGCCUGCCGGGCGUACGCGCGGUCGUGGGGCGCCUGGGCGGUCGCGACCAAGCGCGAGGCGGGAGAAGGGUACCAGCGGGCGGCGUUCGCCGCCGAGCGCAAGUACUGGCUGGCGCGGACGGCGUACCAGCAGAGCCCGUGGCCGCGCACCCUGGCGCACGUGCGCAACCUGGUCUUCGGCCUGCUCGUGCUGCUGCUCGCGCUCUGGCUGCUGUGGCCCAGCGUGCUGGCCGUCGUGGGCCGCUGGUUCGAGGGUUUCGAGAACGGGACGACCUACAGCGACUACUACGACUACUAUAGUACGUACCUGGAGCAGCAGGAGCAGCCCGGAUCCAGGGUUUGGUCGGUUACUCCGCUGCGGUGCGAUUGCGACUGCGAUUGUUCGGCACAGUGA